AUGGGAUCAUCAUCAUCAAAAGGAGGAGGAGGAGGUCCACCAGCUGUAGUACCAGAAACACCAACAAUAGAAAAAGGAGGAGAACAUAAAGUAACAUUUAAUAAUACAACCAAAGAUGAUGGUAUCUAUGUAUUUAUACAUAUCGAUGUGAAUCUAUCACAAAUGAAACAAGCAAAUUUGAAUCUUUCACCUUCGAUUGCUGGAGCUUCGUUGGGAGCGGGCGUAGAGUUUGCUACAAAAGUCGAUACACAUGAUCAAGUAUUUAAACUCGAUGCAAACAAAUCAACCGAACGUUAUAUAGAUGGAGACUAUUGUUAUGUAUCUGUUGUUAAAAAGGUUGAUGAAAAUCAGUAUGCCGUCAUCAUAUCCAACAAUCGUAUGAAAAAGAAUGCAAAAAUCAAUAUUAAAGAUAAACACUUAAAAAUACAAAUUAAAUUGAUUGAUGGAACUGGUAAAAAUAUAAUCUCUACAAAUCAUAAUAAUAAUAAUCAAAAUAAUCAAAAUCAAAAUAGCUCAACAACAAAUACAACAAAUACAACAACCAUUUUAACAACAAAUAAUAUACCAGUAAAUAUAAUACCAUCUAUAACAACACCAUAA